UUAGCGGCUUCCAUUUUGAGUUGAGACGAUGUGGUGGUGGCGAGAGGACGUGUGUCUAGUGUUGUGGUAGCUCGCACUCGUUUCUGGUAGAGGUGUUCUACAUUGUUAUGUAUGCUUGUGAAGACAUAACGGUGACGUGAAGAAUGGAUGUAGCAAUGAAGCUAGACUUUGACAGUUGUGACGACGAGGAAGGAAAUGCCUCUUUCCGCACGUUAAGCUCGGGCUGUGAUGAUGAUGGCGAUAUGUCUGGAGACGACCUUCCUGCUGUGGUACCUCCCACUCCUCCGGCCAGGCUCUUCAGUCCGAGGAAGCCUCUCAGACCUGCCGUGAGGCCUGAUGGAGAUGCUUCUACCCAAGCUGUGGAUUCCCCUCCUUACAAAAAAAUUCGUGCCCUGCGGCUCUUCGAUUCCCCAGCUACACCAAAGACAUUAUUACAGAAAAGCAAUGCGGAAUCGUCUGGCCGAGCAGCCUCUAGGUCCAGACUUUUUCUGGCUCGACAGAGGUCACAGGCACCGACAAGCUUGGGAGCGCCGUCGACUCCGUCAGUGGCACAACAGACUAAGGAUCAGCAACAGGGGAAGUGUCCUACCAAGGAAGCUGCAAAUAUAAACCCUUUCACCCCGACAGGGAUGAUGCUCUCCUCAAGGAAAAGAACACGAUCCAAGAGAGAACUGAAUUCGCCUUCAAGUAUGACUCAGUUGCCAGAAAACAUGGAUCUCAGCAUUGAAGAAUCGUGUUGCAUUGAUUCCUGUGACGAAUGUGAGGAGGACGCUGGGCGACCAACCAAAAGAUUAGCUAUUCAUGAGGCCAAUGUCUCCAGAUAUCAUCAUGAAUUUUUAGAACUUGAACUUAUUGGACAAGGAGAGUUCGGUGGCGUGUACAAAUGCCACCAUCGACUGGAUGGUUGUGUAUAUGCGAUCAAGAAGUCCCUCAAACCAGUUGCUGGUUCUAUAAACGAAAGGAUAGCUUUGAAUGAAGUCUAUGCCCAUGCCGUGCUGGGGAAGCAUCCACAUGUAGUACGGUACUACUCCGCUUGGGCUGAAAAUGAUCAUAUGAUCAUUCAAAAUGAGUACUGUAAUGGAGGAUCUCUUGCUGAUUUAGUAGAGAACAAGCCUGGCAGAAAACUAAAUGAACAUACACUUAAACAAGUUAUGUUACAUGUGGCAAAAGGUUUAAAAUACAUUCACUCACUCCAGUUGGUACACAUGGACAUAAAGCCUGCAAAUAUAUUUAUCUCUCGUGAGCAGAAGGUUAAUUUGCAAGGUGAAGAAUCAGCUGAUGAUGGCUUUGAAGAGGAACAUGUGGAAGAAGAAGAGGAAGUCACAUAUAAAAUAGGUGAUUUGGGGCAUGUUACAUCUGUAGUCAAUCCUCAAGUAGAAGAAGGUGAUUGCAGAUAUCUUCCUAGAGAGAUUCUUCAAGAGGACUUUUCAAACUUACCCAAGGCAGACAUAUUUGCCCUUGGCCUAACCCUGUAUGAAGUAGCAAGAGGUGAACCUUUACCCCUAAAUGGUGAGGAGUGGCAUGCAAUACGCAAUGGGGAACUUAGACCACUCCCAGGAUACAGCCUUGAUCUUCAGCUAUUAUUGAAGCAGAUGGUACAACCUGAUCCAGCAGCACGACCAACAGCAUCACAAUUGGUCUAUCACCCAACUCUUUGCCCUCCCACUGGCAUGUCCAGAGCACAGCUUCGGCGUGAACUUAAUGCUGAGAGAUUAAAGAAUGAUAUACUUUCCAGACAGUUGAAAGAGGCAGCAAAGUGUCUUCAAAACUUAACUCCUUCUGUAGCAUCAACCAUUGUAGCUGUAGCUUCUGGUGUGCUGGCUGGAGUAGCACCUGUUAGUGUUCCUGCUGUGCCACAUGCAAGAUCAGGUCCUACCACCAGGAAUUCCAGACUAAUAGGUAAAAUCAAACAGAAGUGUGAGCACAAGUAACUUUUAGCAUAAUUUUGUAAGAAAUUAUAUUGUGGAUUAUUGCAUAAGUCAAAUUAAGGAAAGGAUUAGUCAGUUUAGAAGUUCAGUCAUUUGAUAAAGGCUUCAGUGUUGCAUCUGCAUAUACAUUCUGAUAAAUGUUUUACUUGUCUGGAUAAUUCCAUCACAUGCAGGCUCAGAAUGUAAGUGCAGUAGACGUGAUUUUACAAAUGGCAUACGGGAUGGAGUCAGACUUCAAGAGGUGGUUCUAGUCUCUGCAUGAUAUUUAUUCAUGCUAUGCUCACAUUGAUGUUAAGCCCAAGGGCCAUACGAAAGCUGUUUUAUAUGCUGCAAACUAAGUAUUACAAUAUGAGCUCUGCUUACAGAGGCCAUUGCUGUUCUCAGUGGUUAGCAAUAUAUAAUAUAUAUCCAUAAUAUAUAUAUAUAUUUAUAUAUAUAUAUAUAUAUAUAUGCCAAGUAGCAAAUAUGCUUGUGAAGAGGUGCUUCUGUUUUGUAUGCUUUGUGUGGCCUCAGGUCUCUAGGCCUACAUUUUGUACACACUGAAAAGAAAAAAGGAAGAGGUUUUAUUUGCUUGCUGUUUAGACUGAAAUGGAACUUCAAUUUCAGAAACAAGAUAAUUGAUCAAGGUUUUAUUUGCUUUCUGUAUAUAAAUUGAAAUGGAAUUUGACAUCAAUUUAUAAAGAAACAAUUAAAGAUCUGCAUUUUAGUUAAGUAAUAAACCUGGUUGUGCUUUUGCCAUCAGCAUAUAUCAAAUUUGCAUUGUAACAAUCAUAUAAUUAUGUGCCUUAUUAAUUGUGAUAGUAGUUGUAUCUUCUUUAAAGUAUGUAUUGUCCAGUUUUUUUAAGAGGAGAGUUUCCUCAUUCACUAGGACAAUGUGUAUAUAUAUAUAUGUUUUUUUUUUUUUUUUUUUUUUUUUUUUUUUUUUUUUCCAUAAUAAAUUUUCUUUGGCUGGGAUAAGCUGCUUCCUACGGAACUUUUUCAGACUGUCUUCCAUAAAGACAUUCCGUGUACUGUGAUUUCUUGCCUUCUUUGUACUGUUUUUGUAUAAAUAAAUUUUAUAUUACUAUUAUGUAAUUUU